AUGCACAAGAUACAAGUGAACUAAGGCAAAUCCUGAAGCAUAGGCACGGUGAAUAGCACGCAAUCGGAAAUUGAUGAAAUACAAGAGGUAGUGUGGUGUGUUAUUCACUGUGGGAUUUGACGUGGUCCAAUUGCAGCUGGUGCAUACAAUACAGAGGCCUAUAUAUUCACCUAAUCCUCCUCUUCCCUACCAAAUUCUCCCUACUCCAAAUGGCCUCCAAUACCCAGACCCUCCUUCUCUUGCCCUUCCUCCUAUUCUCUGUUGAGGCUUUUAACAUCACACAUAUUCUCGAGUCAUACUCUAGUUAUUCCACCUUCAACAACUAUCUCACCCAAACCAAGCUUGCUGAAGAGAUCAACCAUCGCCAAACAAUCACGAUUCUUGUUGUUGACAACUCCAAAAUGUCAGCAGUCUUCUCAAAACCUAUCGAGAUUCUUAAGAAUAUUAUGGCCAUCCAUAUCAUCCUUGACUAUUAUGACACAAAUAAACUUAGCCACAUUCCCCAUAAAAGUGCCCUCCUUACCACCCUCUUCCAGACUAGUGGCAUCGCCAAUAAUAAACUAGGAUUCUUGAAUGUCACCAACAUGCCUAACGACGAUGUGGUUUUUGGGUCAGCUACUCCAGAGGCUCCCCUUAGUUCCACCUUUACUAAGAUGGUUGUAACAAAACCUUAUAAUAUCUCAAUUCUUGAAAUUUCCGAUCUUAUCCUCCCACCUGGUAUUGAGAGUGCAAAGCAAGCUUCGCCUCCUGCUACGCAAGAGAAGGCUAAACCAACAAACUCAACAGCACAUGCACCAGCCACCAUUGAGGAGUCACCAGCCGACACUCCUGCGGAUGCUCCAAAUAUAGUUGAUAGCCCUAUGGAUUCUCCACAGGCAGAUGCUCCAGAUGCACUUGAUGCACCAACAACCCAUUCUUCAGCCAGCCAAACACUGGUCAAUGGAAUCCUUGGGCUUGUUGUUGGUGUUAUCUACUUGGGAGCUUUCUAAAGUGGGCAAGCAUGUAAAGGUUGUUGGCAUGGAUUUAUUGUGUAUUUAUGGAUAUGGAGGGUCUGAUUGUUUGAUUUUGAAAUUAUAAUGAAUAAUUUAGUACAUCAAUCAUCUUUUCUAUUUA